CUGAUGCUCACGAAAAACAACUAGCUAGCCAGCCCUUUUACAAACAGGAAAACAAUACUUAUAUUUAAACUGAUUUGUCCCAUGGCUUAAAAUCCCUUAUAUCGGACAACGCAGCUGUGAACGACAAUACACACCGUUGAGUGCUGCUUUGGUCUAAAGUUGACUUAGCUACAGUUGUGGAUGCAUGACGAGAAUCUGAAAGAUGACGACUGAGACCCACGUCAAGGACAUCAAGCCAGGACUCAAGAAUCUCAACGUUAUCUUCAUCGUACUGGAAACCGGACGAGUGACAAAGACAAAGGAUGGGCAUGAGGUGCGGACCUGUAAGGUGGCUGACAAAACAGGCAGCAUCAGCAUCUCUGUUUGGGAUGAGGUGGGGGGACUGAUCCAAACCGGUGACAUAAUCAGACUCACUAAGGGAUAUGCGUCUGUGUUCAAAGGUUGCCUGACUCUGUACACAGGCAGAGGUGGAGAGCUGUUGAAGAUUGGAGAGUUCUGCAUGGUGUACUCCGAGGUGCCAAAUUUCAGUGAGCCUAACCUAGAGUAUUCUAACAUGGACCAGAUGAAAAACAAGACGGUACUCAGUGACCAAGGAAACAUACUGAACAAUAACUCAGCUGGAAAUGACACUACCAAUGGGAACGGUGUAAAUUCACAAGGUUCCGGGAGCUCAACUACCCCUCCGCAGGGAGGGCGGGCUGGCAGUGGUGUCAGCAGCAGGGCAACCAAUCCAGGAGGGACCACUGUCAAUGGAAAGGAGACCAGACGUUCUACCAAAAGAUGAUUAGAGAAGAGAGAAGCAAAGUCCAUCACGUGCCAGAAACUUCAAAUGAGAGACUCUACCACUGAAGACUCGUGUUUCUUUUACAAACUGUGUAAUCAGUCUUUAUAUAUUAUUUAGUUUUGUUGAAAUUACCAUGACCAUUAUUUACUUGUCUUUGUAAAGUGGGUUAAGAAAUAGUAUCUUAAUUAGGUUUGUUUAAGGAACAUGGUUCACAAAAGCUGUAACAAGAGUUUACCUUACAUUUUUUUUUUUUUUUUUUUUUUACAAUUAAUUGUUUUAAUGGGAAGUCAUGUGUUUUUCAAAGGAAGACAGGCAGGGAUGUUACCAUCCCUUUGUUUAAAAUGUGAUACCUUUUUUUAAACAAAAUAUUUUCUGCACUCAAUGUUAAGUUUUCCCAUGAGAUGUCUAAAAUAUAAAAUUACUCUUAGAGCUCUUACAGCUAAUGUGCUGUGUGGGCUCUGUGUUCAAAAAGUAGCCUAAGGCUGACAGAUGGGUGUGUAGUUGGAUUUUGUCAAUCAGAAAUACAAGCAUAUACAGUUGAAGUCAGAAGUUUACAUUACACUUAUUAAAACUUGUUUUUCAACCACUCCACAAUUGUUUUGUUAAACUAUAGUUUAAUCUACU